AUCACAAUACGUCAUUUUCGCGAACGAAAGUGGGUUGAAGUGAAGACAAGUGGGUGUUCAUGUUCAAUACAAGUAACAAAUAAACAGCUAAAUACCGGAAUUUACAGUUAUGAACUCCUGAAAAGCGACAAUGGAGGGGCUGCCUUCGGGUGAUAUACAGGCGAAGUACCAGAAAUUGGCGGCGGAGUAUUCGAAAUUGCGGGUGCAUGUAAAGGUGCUAAAGAAGGGAGUUCUAGAUGAACAGGCUAAGUCGAAUGAGCUGCGGGAAACGCUUAAGGAUAAGGAGAAAUCUUUGAGAAAAGGGGAGUUGGAGAUAGAUUCACUGACAUUCAGAAACCAGCAGUUGACGCGGCGGGUGUCUGUCCUUCAGGAUGAACUCGACGCGUUGCAGUUAAAAUUGACAAAGAAAUCAAAAAACAAAGGAGAUGACAAACAGCAGGCGACAGUCAGUAGUGCAGCCGCAUUAGACUCGGGACUUCUACAAGAAGAACUGCAGAAGAAAAUUAUUGAGAAUGCACAGUAUGCUUCACAGUUAUCAGACAAAGUAUUUGAAGUUUCUCAGUUGAGGGCAUCACUCGAGGACUACCAGAGACUCAUCAGUGAGAGUGACAGUAAAUACAAAUGCGAGAUAGCCAAGCUGAAGAACAAGAACCAGGAGUUACAGUAUUCCCUCGAGGAGGCUCAGAGGGAGAGGAUAGGUGGCACUCCGAAUAAAAUACACCUGGCUACUAGCAGUCAGACUGCAAGCUGUAAUGGAGACUUCUUGUCUGAAGGAGGGAGUUUGGUGGGCAGUGAAGACGCGUUGAGUUCUGUCGAGGAUAUGAACGUCACUGAGCAGCUCAGUAUAAAGGCUCAUUCAUUAGAACAGGAAAACCAAAAACUAAAAAUGGAGUUCGAAAUGCUUCGAAUGGAAAAUGAGAGUCUGAAAUUAGAGGUAGCAAAGUAUGUGUCCGCUUCACAAAAGAGGAGAGGGGAUGGUCAUGACUCCGGGGACUUCAACACUUUUGGGGAGACCUCCGUGGAUGCUGAGGGCAGGGUCACAGGUCUACUGGGCAGCCUCCAGGUACCGUUCCUCCUGACCCAGGAAAUAGAGACCCGGGAAGAAAGAAUGAAGACAUACUUUAGGAAUAAGAUUAGCGAACUGAAGAUAGAAAGAGAAGAAUUAAAGAGUAAGACUGAACAUUAUGUUAAAGAGUGUGAGAUGCUGCGACUUCGGUUUGAGGAGAUGGAGAGAGAGAAACAGAGCAACGAGCACACGUUGAGUGAGAAACACAACACUAUCAGCAGACUGGAAGAAGAGCUCCAUUCAACGUCGCACAACUAUGAGGAACAGAUGUCAGUGUUGACGGAGCACGUGGCGGGGCUCAACGAGCAACUGACGAAACAACACGACGAGAUACAACUACUGAAGCACGCGCUCAACACGAGGAAGAAGUAGCCAGGUAGCUCAUGGGAUGAGGGAUGAAAGGUGAUUUUAGAACUUAUGACCUUUGGGAUAAGGUCCUUUUUACCUUGGGAUAUUAAUAGAACGCAUUUAUGUUAUAGUAGGUACCUUAUGAUUGUCUCUUACGUUAAAGUCGUUUUGGUUCAAUGAAAGUUUUCGAUUUUGAGCUCAUAGAUGGCGUUGGUCUGGUGUAAGGUCGAUUUAUCCAAUCAGCUAAGCUGUCACUGGCUUGUUUGAUGUUAUCAAAUAUUCUAUUGGGUAAUAGAUUUUAAGCUGCACUAUCGCCUCCAGUGGUGCUCAUUUAACUAAAAAGAUAUUGGGAAACUCGAAUAAUAAACCUUAUGCCCUACAUUUUAAGGCUCUUUUCAAGUAGCAAGGGUCUAGUAAAGUUUUUAUUUAGUCACUUUUAGUCAAAGGUAUAUAAGGGCAGUGUUUAACACCUUUCAUCUCAAAUAAGUCCUAUAAAUACAUAUUGUAUACUGUCAAUAUUAUCGUGUAUAAAAAUGAAUAUGUUUAUAAUAUACGGUCAUGUGACCAUUAUGUACAGUGAACGAAGUAUAUAAAAUCAAUUUAACUUAGUAUGUUCAAAAAUAUUUACGACUUUUCAAACUCGAAAGUUACGGACUCCGGUUGACCUCGAAAUCAAUCGGUGUACACCGAUUUCUGACAAGAGACAGGUUUAUGAAUUUUCGACUUGCCUCUUGGAUUCUGAACUUUCAUUAUAUGUUGUGUGUUAUUUAUUAAAUUGAAAAUUAGGUGUUUAAUUUGCACUUCAGUAGAAGACAUUACUAUUUGUAUCGAGAAAUGAGCUGAAAAGGUAUUUCAGGAUAUAUGAGGGAUAAAACUGGUAUUCGCAAUUUAAUAUUGAAAAUAUGGAAGUGUACCUUUUUUGUUUUUGAGUGGGGGAAAAUCAUCCAAUGACAUCUCUCGCCUUAGGCGAGGUAAGGGGGAGUGUCAGACUCUUACUGACUAUAAACCAUCCCAUGCCUGCUCCUGUUUUUCGAGCCGGAGCCCCGGUAACCCGCUAGGCAGUCCGCAGAAGUGCACACAAGUCAAUGUAACACCCAUUCACGAUGGAUUAACUUAUUGAAAAUUAAACACAGUUUUAUUCCCAAGCAUCUCGUUCUUAAUUCUUCUCUUCUUCUAUACACUUACACAUUUCAAUGUUUGUCACAAAAGAUUGUAUAAAAUGUAAAAAUUGUUAAAUUGUUCGUUGAAUUAUAAUAAAUAUGUACACCCAGCAAAUUGUAUAGAAUAAAUUUUAUAAAAUAUUUAUUACGUGUGUUUAGGAAAUUAUGUCUGGUGUAAAUUCUAUGAGAUUUAUUUUUCAAAUUUAGUUUGCUGCUCAUGUAGUUAGGUUGAACUUCUCUGAAUUCAACAGUAACUAUAUAUUACUUAGGCAAAGUUUUGGGGCCUGCUUCACAAUCUUUGAUAGAGUUUUUCGUGGGAAAAAAUAUUAAAUGACGCUUCCCGCCGUAGGUGAGGCAAGAGCUAGUGUCAGACUCUUACUGACUAAAAACUCACCACGUUUCUACUUUUCCUCCGACACGAUGCCACGGUUACUUACGGCCAAUUCCAAUAACCUGUUUACCUGCAGAUUUUCUUACUAGAGGUACAAUUUUGAUACAUGACUGUAUGAAGCUUAUGUCAAAAUACUCUCUCUAGUAAGCAAAUCUACAGAUAGAUAGGUUAUUGGAAUUGGUCGUUAAUAAGUUACCGUUUAACCGUAACCUGGAUAAUGAUUUAGUUACUGGUAACUACAAAAUAUGUAUUAAUACCAAUUUAUUCAGUUAUUGUAAAACAGGUUCUAAUUGUAGACUUAUAUUUGAAUUACAAAAUGCUUCCUCAUCCUACGUCAAAAACUUAAGUCUAGUCUCAGUUGAUUUGCAUUCCUAUCACCAAAAUAAUUGUGUUGUUUACAAAAAUUGUGGCCUAACUAAUGUAUAUAGUAUACAACUAUACAUAUUAUGUAAUCGUAUUAAAUUCGGCUAGUGAUUCGUGCUUUAGUUUAGAAUUUUAUUUGGUGUUUUUUUCGGCUUUUAUAUACUGAGUUAAAAAUGUUGGAAAAUGUAAAGAAAAAUUGUAUUAUAUUUAUUGGUCAAUUUGUCAGUAAUGAAUUGGUUUUUGUGUACAUUUUGGUAAAACAAAUGAUAUGUAUAAUAUGAAUUGAGACACGAGAUCUGUCUGUACUUUUUAUGAACCAUGAUAUAUGAUAAUAUUCCAAUGUCUUACAUCCAAAUGAAUGUCUUUUAAACCCAUCAAUGUCAAUAACACAGUAGCAUAAACUGCUCUUUUUGUCUGCAUGUAAUAAACAACGAUCUUUGUAUAGCAUUGCAACAUUGCAUUCUGACCUAUUAAGAAUCUUAACACGGCCAGUCUCAGUAAACUUUUUUUGACGGGGGAAUCAUCCAAUGACUUGGGUGUGGCGAGAAAGUGUCAGACUUUGACUAAAAACUACCCCGUUUCUACUUCGAGCCGAAGCCUCGAUAACCCGCUGGGUUGUCCGCAGCUUCGGGUCGGAAGUCUCAGUAAUCUGAUACUAGAAUUAUUAUUAAGAUUGGCUGUAGUCACUGAGAUUAUCCACAACCUAGACUAGUUGUAAAAGCUGUUUACAUUAAGUUAUGUAUAAUAUAUUAUUAUAAACAAAUAAACGGUAUGCUAUGAAUAUGUAAUUAUGUGUAUAAAGUGUAUACAAUGCGAGUAUUUUGGUAUACCUGAUGGUAAAGUGGAAUUAUACGCAGUUGUGUUAGAAAAGGUGUACGGAAAUACUCGCCAACAGUCGUUGCAUAUAAUGUAUAAAUAAAAGAAAAUAAAUUAUCAAUAAAUAGUUUUGAAUACU